AUCAUAUGACUGUGCAUAGCACAUGACUGUAAAGAGCUAAGAGAUGACCUCAGAUGAUUGACAGCAGGCACGGCCCAAUCAGCGAUCCGGAAUUGAAUUUAGUAGCCAUCGUGUAGCAGACGUAGUUCGCGUCCCUGCAGAGACGGUGGGUGAAGGAGGGAGUCGUUGGAUCAAAGUGCAGCAACUAUGAAUUGGGUCCAGGUGCUGUUACUUUGCAAGUUGUGGCUGACUGCUGAUGCUAUUAUUAGAAUUCCACUGACAAAAUUCAAGUCAGUGCGCCAAUCCCUGACUGACGUUGCAGGUUCCAUUGACGGUCUUGUUACUGCUGGACAGCAUGGGAAUGAGAAGUACACAGUGUUCCCGGGAAAGAAAGGCGAGACUCCGGAGAUCCUCACAAACUACCUGGAUGCCCAGUAUUACGGCCAGAUUGGCAUUGGCACACCACCACAGCUGUUCACGGUGGUCUUCGACACUGGAUCGUCCAACCUGUGGGUCCCAUCAUCCCACUGCUCCUUCUUGGACAUUGCAUGUUGGAUUCAUCAUAAGUACAAAUCGGAUGCAUCUAGCACGUAUGUGAAGAAUGGAACAAAGUUUUCUAUUCGCUAUGGAAGUGGGAGCCUCUCUGGUUUCCUCAGCCAGGACGUUUUAACUAUUGGUGACAUGAAAACCCCAAAGCAGAUCUUCGCUGAGGCAGUUAAACAGCCUGGGUUGACUUUCAUUGCCGCAAAAUUCGAUGGGAUCCUCGGCAUGGCCUACCCAACAAUUUCUGUUGAUGGUGUCCUGCCUGUGUUUGAUAACAUGAUGAAACAGAAACUAUUGGAAAAAGAUAUCUUCUCCUUUUACCUGAACAGGAAUACAAGCACUCAGCCUGGAGGUGAACUGCUGCUGGGAGGCAUUGACCCCAAGUACUACACUGGAGACUUGCACUAUGUGAAUGUCACACGCCAGGCCUAUUGGCAAAUAAAAAUGGAUCAGGUAUCUGUAGGAAGUCAGCUGACCCUGUGCAAGGGAGGUUGCCAGGCUAUAGUGGAUACAGGAACAUCGCUCAUUGUUGGGCCUGUGCAAGAGAUUGAAGCCCUUCAGAAGGUCAUUGGUGCGCUGCCCAUCAUUCGGGGAGAGUAUAUGAUCGACUGUGCAAAGAUUCCAACUCUUCCCAUUAUCACCUUUACGCUGGGAGGCAAGAAGUUCUCACUGACUGGGGAGGACUACGUGAUGCAGAUCACUAAGUUUGGAAGGACUAUAUGCCUCAGUGGAUUCCUGGCCAUGGACAUCCCACCUCCUAUUGGGCCGCUCUGGAUCUUGGGCGAUGUCUUCAUUGGCCGCUAUUACAGCGUCUUUGACCGUGCCAGCAACCGUGUGGGCUUUGCUGCAGCAGUGUAAAGCAUUCUCUGAAUCUGAGGCAAUAUCCUGUUUUCCUUUGUCUGAUUUCAGGCUGUCUGUAGCUUGGCUGCUACUAGUGCCCUACUCUCCCAACACCACACCUCCAUGACCCUUGCCCCUCUGAAUGAACUUCAAUAGGUCUGGUGACAUUGGCCACUGAUCCCUUGGUCAGCACUGAUUAUCUAAAUCCAAUAUAUCAAAGAGCUGAAACUCCGGGCAGCCAAGUUAUUUUUGGGCAAACUUUUGGGUAAACUUGCUGCUCUUGUACAAAGCACCCCUGCCACCUCCCAACACUUCUGACCCCACUUUUGUUAGAGGUGAGAACCAUUCUCCUUGAACCAUUAAUGUCUGAUGAUGAUGCAUUUGGCUUCCUCUCUACCUUCCCCAUUCUGUCCCAGUCACUGCUAGUUACCUAGUGCCUGAUGAUGCUGCAUGGUGAACCUACCCAGCCAUUUGCCCUGGUUUGGUCAGACAGAUCUGAGUCCCUGGAAUACGUUGUCUACCAAGCUUGCAUUUAGCUGUGGUUGUUGCAGAUACUUGUCUCAGUGCCCAUGCUGUGCCUGUUUUAAUCUUUCUUGGAUACAAUGGUUUUGGGGAUAAGGCACUAAGCAGUUGGAGGUUAUUGAUUGCAUCUCCAUCAGGAAUUUGGUUGGGGGGUGGGGAGCAUGGGGGGGAAGGUGUCUUUAAUUUCUGUGACAACAAAAUCUAAAUUAAAAGUAAUGGUUUAGCCUUGUUUAGUAAUGCUUUCUGUAUAUACCUGUAUGUAGAGUUUACUGCAGACUGCUCAAUGUUGUGGGUUUCAAAACAAGGGCUGAAAUGAUGUGCGGGUGCGUCCUUGGCAUGGUAUGGGAAUAAAUAAAUAUUUCCUCCUGAGGAUGGAAACAGAAUUCAUUUUGUCUCUGUAAAUUCCCUUUUAACAAUCCAGGACCUACAAUAUUCUGCACAGUCCUCUACUCCUGGGAGAGUGGCCAUGUCCCCAUCCUGCACACCAGUUACUUUCUCCCUGUCCUUGCCAGCUGUUUGUUCAUUUGGGCUUGAAGUUUUAAUGGAACUGCAUCUAACAUCAAGUACCUUGUGUUUGAUGUUUUUGGAUAAGUACUAAAAUUAAGCCUAUUUAACCUGUGGAAUAAAUAAUCAUUACAGUAUUUCACUUGCACCAUUAGAGGCUAGUUUAACAAAAAAAAAUCACAGUUGGAAGUCUGCAACAUGGGCAGGCCAUUCAGCCCAACAAGUCGAUGCUAGUGUUUAAGCUCUACAUUGGCCAUCUUCCACCCAUGUUCAUCUUGUCCUUGUCCCAUUCUUGUCCUUGUCCAACUUUUCAAAUCCACCUCCAUGAUUUUUCCCAUCCAUUCCCAGUGGAGUGAAUUCCACAAUCUCACCACUCUAGAAAGGUUUCUCUUAAAUUCCCACUGAAUUUGAGUGGUUUUCUUUUUAUUGUAAUAGUUCCUAGUUCUAUCCUUUUUUCCCCUCUCCUCUCACAUAUAAAAAAUCUUUGCCUAUAAUCUUUUAACCCUCUUUGAUUUGACUGUAACAUCCAUGGAGAAAACCUGUGACAUAGUUCUCACUUAAACAACUAGGGUUUUGAUUGUAUUUAAAAUUAAAAGAAUAAAAUGAAGUUUGUUCUUGUGCUAAGAGUUA